AUGAAUGUUACGGAAGUGUUAGAUAAUAAUAGUACAACAAAUUUGGAGAAUACAGGCACCGAUUUAUAUCUUUUCAUUUUACCAAUAAUUGUUAUUUUUGGUUUGUGCGGUAAUGUCAUCUCAUUGGUUACCAUCUUUCAUUCACGGUUACGAGAAAUCUCAGCUAAUCUCUAUUUAAUAGUUUUGACAACAUCAGAUAGCGUUUUUCUACUUGGUUUAUUACUAAUUCUAUUCAAACUUGAUUUUAUCACUUAUCACUUUUGUGUUAUCAUUGAAUAUAUCUUAUCAACAUCAUCAUAUAUCAGUAGCUGGUCCGUUGCUGCACUUACAAUUGAACGUUAUUUGGCUAUUGCAUAUCCUUUGAAACAUGCCCGGUAUGGACAUUUGGAUCGAUGGAAAAUGAUUUUAUUUUGGAUUCCAGUACCAUUCGCUUUCAAUUUAAUUCAGUUCAUAUCACUGAUACCGUAUAAUGAUAAAAGUGAUCCACAAUAUCCGAAUAUACGGAAAUGUAUUCCAUAUGAUGGUAGUUUUCAGAUUGUUAUCGAAGCUACUGAUGUAAUAUUAUGUUAUGUAAUGCCAUGUUUUUGUGUAGUUUUAUUGAAUUUACUAGUUGCUGGAAAAGUAAAACGUGGUUUCACGUGUGAUUCUAAUCGAUCACGUUUUAAUAGCAGUUCAAUUCGACGUCGUCAAAGCUCAGCUAUGAUAUUAUUAGUAGUACCAAUAGUAUAUAUAUCAUUAAAUACACCAUUUUAUUUACUACGAAUAAUGGAUACAAUAGCAUUAUACGUCUUUCAAAGUAAUGAAUUUUCAAUUAUUGGUGGCUUAGAUGGUACACUUACCAUAUUCUUAUAUAAUACCGCUCAUUACUUAUAUUAUAUUAAUUUUGCUUGCGAUGUGAUCGUUUAUGCAUUUUCAAGUCCCAAUUUUCGUAAAACAGCAAUGAUUGCAUGGCGCCAAAUAGUAUUUUCACAUGGUGGAAAAAUUCAAAAAGCAGCAACACCUAACGAACGAUACGGCAAUGUUAGCUGUCGUUUGUCAAAGUUAACUAAUGAAAAUAUUUCCAUCAUGCAACUGCAAUAA